CGGGUAGUGGGCAGAGGUGUGCGGGUCGGUAAUUGAGGCUGACGCGCAGCCGGUUUUUAUUUAUUUAUUUUCCAUAUAGUGUUUACUAGGAAUUAUUAGUGUUAGAAAAUACCUUCAAGUGCUUUUAAUACACUUCUCAGGGCAGGAUACGAUUGUGCUUAUUUACAGUGUUCCAUCCAUUCUGUAAGGAAUUUAGAUAUUGAACCGCCUUUGGUACAAUCGCUAUUACUGAAUUUAUUAAACAUUAAUUCUAGUGGAAUAGGAAAUUACUUCUUAUAAGGUCCAUCAAAUCCUUUCAACAACUGCUCUAUGUGGCGCCAGGUUUCCAGAGAGCCAAUGAAGUUAAUCUUAGAUUGGGUUUGAUGUACAAAGUUAUUCAAGAAUAUGAUUUAGCUCACAAACAUUUGCAAUUAGCUUUAGUAGACUCCAGUACGUGCUCAACGCCAAAGCAAAACAUUAAAUUUCAUAUAGCACACUUGUUCGAGAUACAAGGAAAAGUAAAAUUAGCUAAAGAGAAAUACGAAACCCUACUCAAGGACAAAUCCAUAACAGCUCCAUUGAAAUCCGAGAUAUUUCGUCAAUUAGGCUGGCUAUAUCAUAGUCAUGAGUUACUUGGCGAGAAGAGUCAAAGAAUCCCAUUAGCAAUACACUGCCUUCAGAGGGCUAAUGACGCAGAUCAGUAUGCUAACGGUCAAACUCUGUAUCUCCUUGGACGUUGCUAUGCGAGUAUAGGGAAAGUGCAUGAUGCAUUCAUCGCGUACAGAAAUUCAGUGGAGAAGUCCGAAGGCAAUGCAGACACAUGGUGCAGUAUAGGAGUUUUAUAUCAGCAGCAGAAUCAACCUAUGGAUGCUUUGCAAGCCUAUAUAUGCGCAGUUCAGUUGGAUAAAUGUCAUUCAGCAGCUUGGGCUAAUUUAGGUAUUUUGUAUGAGAAUUCAUUGCAAGCAAGAGAUGCGUACGCUUGCUAUUUGAAUUCACAGGCAGGGCAAAACAAUAAAGGAGUUAUUGAAGAUUCUGUGGCCACUAAAUUGCCCAAAUUGUCGUCCGCAGCCGCGGGGAUGAACCCACACCUCACCCAAAGGAUCAACUUUCUACAAACUCACCUAGCCAACGCUCCAAUGCCUAGUGUAACGUCUCAGAGAAGGCAAUUGCUUUCAAUUGAGGAAGCCUGGAAUUUACCCAUUUCAGCCGAAAUGUCUUCAAGACAACAACAGCAACCGCAACAAUCGCGGUCUUCUACACAGCCCUUUCAAAAAAAUUAUGGACAAGCCGGAGUUCCUCAAGGGCCCCCACCUCCGUACCCUAGUCCCAGUGGAGGUUCCGGAAAAUGUUUUAAAGUAGAACAGGAUCAAAAAAUAACCUCAAACACUGCUAGGCCGCAAAAUCUGAUGACUCAGCAACAGAUCAAUCUGUUAAACCAUUUGCAAGCAAAUGCAGCUACUUUAACCCAGGCUCAGCAAAAUAUUAUGAGGCAGCUGCAACAUCAGCAUAAUUUAAUGCAGCAGCAUUUGCGGAACCAGGCUAAUCAAGCACAGUUGGUUCCUCCAGUUAGCGCUGCUGGAAAUAGAGGUGGUCCCACAACACCAUUUACCAACGCUCAUCAACUAGGAUCGGCUCUAAGUAACACUAAAAGCUUUUCCUCCACAAGCAGUAGUGCGAAUCUAACAACAUCAUUUAAUCCAGGACAACACCACGAUUUAGAUGUUGAAGCUGAGCUGAAAGAUUUGCUGUCCCAAAAAGAUUUGGCUACUACUUUGGCGGAAAACCUACUAAAACACUUUGGCUCUGAAGACAUGGAAGAUGUGAAAGAAGAAGCUGACUCUACGACACCUUCAACAUCAGCAAGUACCUCAAAAGCAGCAUCAGAACCUGCAGUACAAGUUAAAUCGACAACUCUUUCUUCUGGUCCUUUUUCUCCUUCUAAUAUUGAAUCAAAACCUGACCUUGUUGAACCCAAGAAAAGGAGGAUAAAAUCGCCAACACAAGACAGCGUACUUAUAGUUAAGUCUGAACCCCCAUGGGAUUUUGAAGCUCUUCAUUCAUCUGAAAAGAAAUCAAGUAUCGAUUAUAGCAUUGAUAUGAAUGCAGAGACCGUUAUUCAGUUAUGUAAAAGUGAAGUUAUAAGUGGUGAUAUAAAUAAUUCUAUUAUAUCAGAUACGGCACCACCACCAUCACCUCCAGUACCCCCUUCCAUCAAGUUAAGUCAUCAACAACUCAUCCCUCCUACACCAUCAGUUUAUUUGGACAACAAAAAGCAUGCUUUUAGCCCGCAAUUGCAAGAAUUUUGUUUGAAACAUCCUAUAGCUGUAGUAAGAGGGCUUGCCUCAGCAUUAAAGCUGGACUUAGGACUUUUUUCCACAAAAACCUUAGUGGAAGCAAAUCCAGACCAUAGUGUCGAAGUCAGAACGCAAAUACAACAACCCUCAGAUGAAAAUUGGGAUCCCCAGACUGGUAAAAAGGUUUGGGCUUGCAUUUCACAUCGUUCACAUACAACUAUUGCUAGGUAUGCACAGUAUCAAGCGUCCAGUUUCAAGGAUAGCUUAAGGGAAGAACGCGAGAAAGCCCAAGCUGGUUUAUCAGAUUCGGAUUCUAAAGAUUCUACAUUUUCUGGAGGGAAAAGAAGGAAAACUACUUUAUCUAUUACGCCAACGUCAAUUACCAAGACAUUGAAGGAACAUAAAACGCUAAAAUUUGGCACUAACGUAGACCUCAGUGACGAGCGAAAAUGGCGGCCUCAGUUGCAAGAAUUGAUGAAGUUACCUGCCUUUGCGCGAGUGGUUUCUGCAGCCAAUAUGUUGUCGCAUGUGGGUCACGUGAUACUUGGAAUGAACACUGUUCAAUUAUACAUGAAGGUACCUGGCAGUCGCACACCUGGUCAUCAAGAAAACAAUAACUUCUGCUCGAUAAAUGUCAAUAUUGGACCUGGAGACUGUGAAUGGUUUGCAGUUCCUGAUUCGUACUGGGGAGCCAUAUGCAAAUUAUGUGAACAAAAUCAAAUUAACUACCUUCAUGGCUCUUGGUGGCCAGUACUUGAAGAUCUCUACAAAGCCAACAUACCAGUUUACAGAUUCCUUCAAAGACCUGGUGAUUUGGUUUGGGUAAAUGCUGGCUGCGUUCAUUGGGUACAAGCUGUAGGAUGGUGCAAUAACAUCGCCUGGAAUGUUGGUCCACUGACUGCCAGGCAGUAUCAGUUAGCCAUAGAAAGAUAUGAGUGGAACAAACUUCAAAGUUUCAAAAGUAUAGUACCUAUGUUGCAUCUUUCAUGGAAUCUGGCAAGAAAUAUCAAAGUUUCUGACACAAAGUUAUUCGAUUUAAUCAAGAAUUGUUUGCUUAGGACAUUAAUCAAAUGCUCCAGAAUAUUGGAAUUUGUCAAAGAUAGAGGAGUUGAAGUCAAGUUUCAUGGAAGGGGAAAGAACGAAGCGUCGCAUUACUGUGGACAGUGUGAAAUUGAAGUAUUUAAUAUACUUUUCAUCAGAGAGCAAGAAAAGCGUCAUGUCGUCCACUGCAUGGAUUGUGCAAGAAAGCAGGCAACAAACCUAGAAGGCUUUGUAUGCUUAGAAGAAUAUAAAAUGCAAGAAUUAUGCGAAGUCUACAACAAUUUUGUUUUAUAUAGCAAUAGUGUUUCUAUAAAUCCUGAUCCUUUUAGGCUAAUGUAACUUGAAUUUAAUGAAAAAUACAACCUCACUGCCACUUGUAACUGAUGUACAACUAUUUAAGCUGCUUGUUAUAUAAAUGUAAAAAAAUUGCAAAAGUGAUAUUUGUAUAAGAAAAUUUAUUCUGGAAGUUUGUACAUAAAAAUUGUGGAUAUUUUCUUGUAAUUAAGCACAGACAAGAAUUUCAUCAACUAAGAACAAAUAUUCCCUUCUUUGGGUUAAAUUACCCUAUACCCCAAGACUGAAAAUAUUGUCAAUGACUUAGGCCACUAUAGUAAUAAACUUGAACUUGAAAGAGCUAUGAGUCAUCGCAAUAAUUUUGGUCUCAGGGUAUAGAAUCAGUGAUCUCAAAAUAUUUAAUUGAUUCAACAUUUAAUUGUAUAUUGAUACUUAUUAUAAAUUCAUAAUAAUUUAUUAUACCAGUGUAUUUAGAAUUUUUCUGUUAAAUAUUCAGAUUAUAUUUGAUUUAAUUGUCUUUAUAGGUAUUCUAUUGUUCCUUUAAUUUUUUAAUAUUUAUUGUAAUCAAGAUUUUUUUUUAGGUGGUAAGCUUUUCUGAUUUUUCAUAGUUGUAAUUUUCUUAUUGAUAAAUUAGGAAAAUAAUUUAUUUGACAUUAGGUUAAUUAAAUUUGAUACAAUUUACAAAUUAAUGUAAACUAAGUGUAGGAAUUUAGAUCGAUUUACGUGAAUGCAUUUGCACUCAUGAAUGAAGGCAGAUUUAAAUAAAAUCAUUCUUGUGUUACACUGCCACUUUGUGAUAAAAAACUACCCAAGAAAUAUAAAAGUUCUUAUAGCUGGGGUUGAGAUAUAUGUCACAAAUUUUUGAACUUUGAAUUAAAACCAUUUUUUCUCAUAAGCUAAUAAUCAACAUUUUUAUGUUAUGAUGAAGGUAAGUCAAAGAACUUGAAUGGAAAAAUGGAAAAAAAUGUAUAUAAUUAUAUGUGACUUUUUUUGUUUAUAUGUUGUUCUUGUGAAAUAUUUCUCUAAAAGCGCUCAGCCCUCAGUUGCUAGAUAAAAGCCUGGGUUCACAGUGCCUUUGAUGUAAAGAUUGCGGGAAACUUCCUCAAACAGAUAAAAAGAGAAACGUUCAUAUUUUUUGCAUUCAUGACCAACAUUUUGAAAUAGAUGUGUAAAUAUAUUAAAAUAAGUAAUCUGAAGAAGAUCUAGCUCAAUUUUUGUAUAUGUAGUUUCUUAUAAAUCUUUAAAAAAAAUUAAAACAAAAAGUGUUUUAUCAUUUCAUUUUUAAAAAGUCUGUUUUUUUUUAUUGUGUUUUCCUAGGUUUCAAUCAGUAAUGAUUUACUGUAGAUUGUAUUUAUAUUGGAAUAAAUAAACCACAAUUAAAAAUGA